AUGAGCAUUUUUAUCAACAAGCUGCAAUAUGCUGUGCGAACGUGAGGGGGAAGUAAAUUUUAAUGAAUUUUAGUCUUGAAUAUGACCGCAAAUGGUUGUAUAUAUGAUGCUUUAGUGUUGCUGGUUGUCGAGGCUCACGGAAGAUAGGCUGGUUGGUCGUAAUGUCUGCUGUAUCGGAGAAAAGAAGAGCGGACAUAAAAGUUGUCAUCAUCGGUGAUGCGUUUGUCGGCAAAACCACCUUCAUCCGAAGGUACCUGGAGAGAACGUUCUCUGAGAAUUUAGGGACUGUUGGUGCUGCUUUCUUUCUCAAGCAUUGGCACGACUGUAAUAUAGCGAUAUGGGACACUGCUGGAGAGGAGAGAUUUUCCGGUCUGAGUUCCUUCUAUUGUCGCGACGCUUCAGCUGCCAUUGUUGCUUUCGACCUCUGUAACCAACGUUCGUUUGAUCUCCUCUCCGAGCGCUACCUGCCGCUUCUCGACGCCGCCAAAGAGGACUGCCUCUUGUGCGUAACGGGCAUGAAACUGGACCUUGUUAAAGACAAAGCCCGCGUCGACCGGCAUCAAGCGGAGAAAUUCGCGAUGCAAGUGAAUGGCGCGCGGUACAAAGACGCGACCGAAUCGGAGGUUCGAAAGCCCUAUUUUGAGACCAGCUCGUUGACUGGUGAAAAUGUGGACAAGGUUUUUGAAUUUAUCUUCUCAACACUUUUACCACUUGGGGAAGACGGGAGUAUUCAGCACAAGGCCAGCCAGCAGAGCCGGGGAGUUGUGCAUGUAGAUGCGGACGAUCAGUUAGGCAACACCCAAUCAGGCAGAUCAAGAAGUUGCUGUAAAUGAGACUUUUUUGUUUCUGAUUUUUAAACAUACUUUCAUUGUCGAAAUUGGUUUGAUUUUGUUAAC